AUGAAUUGGUUGUUACAUCAAUCUCAAAUCAAAGAAUGGCUUCGAAAGCUUGGUAUUCAUGAGAAAACAGAUAUUACAUUUGUUGAUGAUUAUAUUAUCCCACAAACUGAUAGAUAUAUAACGCCAACAAAUGCUAUUAUUACAAUCACGAGGCUAUUUGUUUUGUUUCAGAAUGGUUUACUUAGUACUCAUCAUUUGCAUGAAUUGGGCAAACUCAAACUAUUUACUGUUGGGAGUACUCUUGUAUCAGCUUAUCGUCUGUACUUUUCUAGUGCUUAUUUACCCUACUUGCCAUUGGAUAACCUUAAUCUCGAUGAGGAUUUAUUUUUAUGUCCGUCUUAUUUAGAAACGGUAGAUGGAGUAUCAAUUCAACAGUGGAAAUAUUUUUUUCAAUUUUUAGGCGUUCAAGAAAAUAUUAGUUUGAUGAGUUUUGAUGAAACACAUCAUGAUGAACUCGUCUCGGCAUAUAUACGUGCUCACAUAUUAAACCUUCCUCGUUAUAUGGUCAUCUUUGGCUUUAAAAAUCGAAUGACAAUUAAAUUUAUCGAUCUUACACAAGUUUACUAUCAAUUUGCCAUCAUUUUCUGGGAACAUGUCAUACGUUCGAUCAACGUUAGAGCUUUGAAUGAAAAUGAGGUGCUAUUGAGUCAACGUCGUAUUCUGAUUAAUAAUCUUCCUCACUGGUGUGUUCGAAUACGUGGAUGUAUUCCAACAACUACUAGUCACCUACUACCUAGUAGUGAAGUAUUUUCUGGUAAUUUACGACCCAUUGCUGGUAAAUAUUUGCCUGUUUUCGUAUGCAACGUACGCAAUUCUAUGCCAGACUUAUGGCAACAAUUUUUUGGAUUUAAAACUGAAUUCUCGAUUGAAGACUAUUUUCUAUUGUUAGACCGUAUCUAUCAUAAUUCACUAAAUACUUCUUUAGAUGACGAUGAAGAACGACGCAUACAGCUCAUCUAUUUUGAUCUAAUCGAUUGUCUAUCAAGAAUGGACCAUGCUAGUCGUCAUCAAUAUAGAAUGAAACAACCAUUCUUUCUUCUUAGUACACAGAAUAACGAAUUUAUGCUGUCAGACAAACUCGUUGUCGCCAGUGAUAAUAACUUAAUUCUGCCACCGCAAGUCGUUCAGCUGAGACUAAAUCAUGAAAAUGCUCGUCAUACUCAUCUUGCAUUUCUUCUUGAAGCUAUCACUGUUCAGCAAAUCACUCGAAAUGAUCUCACAUUAUCGAAUGAUAUCAAAGCAGAGUUCUCACGAUCAUUGCACGCUAAGUUACGAGAUAUUUAUCCAUAUCUAUUUGCAUUGGUUGAUUCUCAAAAGCUAACAAAUCAUUCUAUUGACUGUGAUCUUGAGAUAUUCGAAGUUGAUCGACUUGAAUUGUUUUAUAACAAAACUCCCAUUUAUCAUGUACCUAUUCAUUUGAAAAACAAUCAACUAUAUAUAAAACGACCUUGGAGUUCCGAUGAAACUAUGAAGAUGUUACCUCAAACAUUGUGCAAACAUUUUAAAUUACCAGCUGAUUUUGAAUUAGAAUUAAAAUGGAUGUUAACAGCCAAAACAACAAUAGCGAUCGAUGAACACUUUCUUCAACGUAAUAUUCCUAUUCAAGUUCAUUCAUUCCAUGAUGACCUAUUGAAUAUCAAUGGAACACGAGAAAAAUUCGCAAAACUAAUCGAUCGAGACAAUGCCAAAUUGUUUUCGAAUCUAAAGGUGACACAUACAAUGAGUGCUGCUGAAUUGCUUCUUGCUGGUCUUGAUGCACAAGACUCAAAAUGGACUGUUUAUGUGUAUCAUUUUACACAUUUAGAAAAUGCUGCAACGAUUGUAUCUGAAAGGAAAUUAAAAGCACGUGAACAACUUACUAGUAGUGCGUUUAAAGAUUCAGCAGCUGAAAAUGUAAUCAAAUCGACGCGUACUGAUGCAAAAAAUUAUGCACGUUUCUAUUUUCGUCCAUUGACACCGACACAAUGCUGUAAUGAAAAUCUUGAUUCUUCCGAACUGAUUGAACGAUUGGGUAACAAACACAUGUGUCCAGUACCGAUCUUUUUUCGCUUUAAUUUACGUGCUUUACUUGCAAUCGAAAAUCUAUCAUGGAAAGUUAGUCUAGGUAAUGUGACCAGUCAUCAUACGGAAUUCAAUGAAACUCGAGAGAUUGUAGAGAAAUUUGAUUUUCAAUAUGAUUAUGCUGAUUCGCGCACUCAACGAGGCAAAGUUAGUUCUCAACAUGAAUUUCUUAUAGUCACAUUUAGAUUUCAAUCAAUUGACAGCUGA